AUUUUUAAAAAUAUCUUAAAAAUUACGCAAUAAAUAAAUUAAUUACUUUAUAAUAAACUUUUGGCCUUCAAUAGAGUGAAUUUGCGAAAACAAAUGAGAAAUAGCAAAAAUUACUCUGAGUCAUACAUCAGAAGGGAUACUCCUAGUUUUUAAUAAGAAGAAUACCCUAAGCAUGUUUAAUUUGUUGGGGAACAUAAACCUGCUAAGGAGAAAAGCCCUUCCUAAAGCAGAGGUAGGUAAUAGGCAAAAUUAGCUGAUUUAUGCUCUGAAGAUAAACAUAAAAUAGGUUAAAUUCUACAGAAAUUAACAUAGGAAUCAGAAGAAAAGAAACUUUUAUACCAAUAGCUUGUAUAAACAUAGUAAAUCUAUGAAGAAAAGAUAGAUAAAAUUAGGAAGAACUCUUAAGAUAUUUAUUAGGAUACAAGAAAUCUUAGAAAAGAAUACAAUGAAUAAAUAAAAUAAUUAGAAGAAUCCACAAACUUACUCAAAAGUCGAAGCCUAAAAAUGAGCAGAAAUUAUACUAAAGCAGAUGAAAAAAAUUAUGAGAGUGAUUAAAUAAAAAAAACUAUUGAAUUGAUCCACUAAAUAAAGCAAUAAAAUCCUGAAUAAAAUAAGAUUUAAUAACAAUUUUUAAGGGAAAACGAUGAAUUACUUUUACAGUCAUAACCCAACUCUCUUUACAAAUAAAUUCUAACAGAAGAAAGCGAAUAUAAAGGAAAUGAUGUCUUAAAAUUAUCAGAUAUUAAGUCUAGUGGUAAAUUUUAGGAAGGCUAGUUAUUGAAAUAUUCUUAGAAUUACAAUACUUAUCGUAAUCAUCGCCCUUAAACCAUUUAAGAAGAUAAAGGAUAUAAUACUACUAGCAGAUACAAAAACCACUCAGUUCAUAUGUAAACAAGCAGUGAAAAUGUUGUGAAUAAAAUGAAUGAUCUUUUAUAUAAUAACUAAGUAUCUAUAUCUACUGGGAGAUACAGAAAUCAAUCUGCUCAUUAAAGUUCGUAGCAGAAUGAGUCCUAAAAUUUAAUAGUUUCAAACUCAGAAAAUGGUUUGAAGGAAUCAAAAAUUUCAAUCAAAAAAAAGGAAAUAAACUCACUUAAAGAAGAAAUUGAUUAUUUAGCUUAGAGUUUAAAAGGAAUGGGAAAAAGAUAAAGAAAGGGACUUAAUAAAGAUGGGGAAACUCCUUAUAAAAAUAAAUAGAGCACUUAAGAAGAUUCGAAAUUUGUUUCUCCAAAUUUCAAACCUUUGAUAAAUAAUAAUCUAAAAGGUGAUUCAAACAUAGAAAAGGGUAAUCAAACUUAAGAUGGAUAGCUAAAUUCAAAAUAACUAAUUACAGUUUAAAGUGUAGAUUAAGAGUAAGAAACAUUUUACUGUGAAAAAGAGGAUAAUAAAAAAAAUUAAUAGGAGGAUUUUAAAUUUAAUAAAAUUAAUAACAUUCUGUUUUAAGAGAGUCAAAAGAACAAUAAAAAAUAGCCAAAUAAUAAUAGUAGAAGUUUUUCUAAUAAGCUAUCAAAUUAGAAGUAGGAUAAUGUUAUUGAAGAAGCUAAGCAUGAUAUUUUAAAAUCAAGAAAACUAUUAGAUUAAAUGAAAUAAAGCUAACUUUAGUCUGAAGAAUAUGAUUAUGAAUAAUUUGAUGUUGAAGAUAGUGAGCUAAAACUGAGUAAUCUAAGAUUAAAUAAUAGCUUUCAAAGUACUUAUAGAAAUCCAAUUAUCACUUGCUCAAGCUCUUAAUAAAAAGACAGUGAAAAUAUUUUUCCUAAGAGUGCUAGUCAUACCUUACCAACUAUGCCAAAAUAAAAUAUAGAUUCUGUAAAAAAUAUAGUUGACUAUCUUUCACCUCAAGAAAUGAUAAAGCUGAAGUAGUAAAUAGAUAUGAAAUUAUCUAGCGUUGCAGGAUCUGAUUAACUUUCAAAGGAUUCUAAAAAUAAUUACCAUCAUUAAAAAGACUCAAAUGAAGGAAGAAAAAAAUCUCCUAGUCCUUUCAGCAGUAAGAUCAAGUAAUUCAUGCAAAUUAAAGAAAGAAUUAUUGGAGAAAAUAAAAGUAUAAAGAAUACACAACAGCAGUAGAUUAAUGAAUCAAAAAACAUGUAAAAUGAAUAAAAUAUAGAAAAUCAAAAUGUAAAAAAAUAGCUUUAUGAUGAGUUUAAAUCAGUUUAAUCAGAUGAUAAAAAGUAGCUUUUAGAAAUCUAGAAAGUAUAUUAAAAUCAUCAAGAAAAGGCUCUUAAAUUGAAUCAUUUUGAAGAAAAUCCUCAUUUUUUUAAUGACAGCUAUACUCAAAAGUAAAAUUAAGCUAAAUUCUAUUCGAACAGUACUUAGAUAAAAAGUUAAAACUUUAAUUAAUAAUCUAAUGUAUUUGAAAGUUAAUCUACAAAUUUAACACAUAAUAUUGUAAGCUAAAAUAAUUCUAGAAUAUAUCAAUAAUAUACUUAGUAGAAUGCAUUUUCCAAGAAUCAUUCACUCCAGCAACUCUGUUAAGGAGAUAAAUAUGAAGGUUAAUUUGAAUAAAACUAAGAAAAUGGAAAAAAUUAGUAAAUUUUAAGGAAUAUUUAAUCUAGUUCAUAAUCUAAUCAAGUAAACAAUAAUUAUUUAAAUUAUGAAAAUGAAAGUAAAAAUUGCUUUGAUACCUUUUGCAUGAAUGAAUCUUUUAAUAAUAAGUCUUUCUAAAAUAACUAUUAGCAAAAUGAUGACAUUUUAGAACAUUACCACUACUAAUAAAAAUAAAAAUAAUAAAAAAUAUACCAGUCUAGCUCUAAUACAUAAAAUUAACCAAUAAAUUAAGUAUAUCAACCAUAUGUAUAAUAAGCUUCUUAUUAAGUAAAUGAAGAGAAUGACAGAAAAACUUUAAAAGAUUAAUUUAUUUAAGUUAAUAAAAAUAAUACUAACUUUCUUUUCCAGUAAAAUGAGUCAACCUUACCAAAAGGAUAUUAAAAGGCAUAAAGUUCGAGAGAUUUUGUACAUAUUAAUAUGAAAGAAAAUUAAUAAAAUUAUAGUAAUAUUUAAUAAUAACCAGCUGGUAAAAAAGUAAAAUGUGAUGAAUAUGAGUAUGAAAUCUUGGACUUGCUUAAUAAAUAGGAUAGCAGCUCAAAAAAAUAAGAAAUAGUUAAUGAAAUAAAAACCUUCAAAAAACCUAAAUCACUUGAAAGAUAAGCUCUACACAACUAGUUUAUGUAAAAUUUUUUAUUAAGUAAUGACUCUAAAAUUGAAACAUAAGAAUUGCUUUAAAGAUAUAAUAAACUAGUCGGGUAGAUUAGUGAGAAGCUAAAAGAAAAAGAAAUAGAAAAAAAAUAGCAGUAAAUAAAAAAUAAAAAAACUAUUUAAAAUAAAAGUGUAUUCAAAAUUUGA